GGGCCUGGUAUUGUGUUUUAUUUUGAAAGAGCUGCUACAAAACAUCCGGUCCCUCCUCGGCUAACAGCUGCUGCCUUGCUGCGGUUUGUGGGUGUUGAAAUGUCAGCUGAUUGUUAGCCCGUCCAGCUAGCUUAGCUUAGCUGGGUGUUUGUUUUUGUCACUAGACAGCCUGCCUCUCACGCAGCCCCCCGAGCCUUAACGCGUAUUUAGUCAUUUCACGGACUUAUUCUCUUUUUCAUUCGUCGUCUGCUUCGUUUCGCGGGGCUCAGCCGCCGUCAGUGCUGCUGUAAUUUUCACAGCAGCAGGGAGGAAAAGGGAGUGAAGUUGCUGUCCGAGUCUCUCUGCAUUGCAGCCCCUGGCGCUGCUGAUGGAAUUCAAACACACAACAAUGGCGACUCCUGGUUCAAACAGUUCAACGACGAGCAGCAGCAGCAACGCGGGAUCCGUCACGCACCACUACCAGCAGCCGCAGCAGUCCCAGUCCCAGCACACCGCAACGAUGAGCAGCAUGCAGGAGUCCAACACCUGCUGGAGAUGUCAGAGUGAAACAGGGUUUCAGAUAAACCUGUCUGGAGCUCACCCAAGUAAACGCAAAGCGCUGAAGCUGAACUUCGCCAACCCGUCCAUCAAACCCUCCACCAGAUUCUCCUUAAACACGGCCGGACCUCCGUUCCAGAACCCACACAUAGAGAGGCUGAGGACUCACAGCAUCGAGUCUUCAGGGAAGCUGAAGAUUUCCCCGGAGCAGCACUGGGACUUCACCGCCGAGGAUCUGAAGGAUCUGGGCGAAAUCGGCCGGGGGGCGUACGGCUCCGUCAACAAGAUGGUGCACAAACCCAGCAACAUGAUCAUGGCCGUGAAGAGGAUUCGGUCGACGGUGGAUGAGAAGGAGCAGAAGCAGCUGCUGAUGGACCUGGACGUGGUGAUGAGAAGCAGCGACUGUCCGUACAUCGUCCAGUUCUACGGCGCUCUGUUCAGAGAGGGGGAUUGCUGGAUCUGCAUGGAGCUCAUGGCUACCUCGUUAGACAAGUUCUACAAGUUUGUUUACGGCUCGUUAGACGACGUGAUUCCAGAAGAGAUAUUAGGAAAAAUCACUUUAGCUACUGUGAAGGCACUAAACCACUUAAAAGAAAACUUGAAGAUAAUCCACCGAGACAUCAAGCCGUCCAACAUCCUGCUGGACAGAAAUGGGAACAUAAAGCUCUGCGACUUCGGCAUCAGCGGCCAGCUGGUGGACUCCAUCGCCAAGACCAGAGACGCCGGCUGCAGGCCGUACAUGGCGCCGGAGCGGAUCGACCCCAGCGCCUCCAGGCAGGGCUACGACGUCCGAUCCGACGUCUGGAGUCUGGGAAUCACACUGUAUGAGCUGGCCACAGGUCGGUUCCCCUACCCGAAGUGGAACAGCGUGUUUGACCAGCUGACUCAGGUGGUCAGAGGAGAUCCGCCGCAGCUCAGCAACUCGGACGAGAGACGCUUCUCCCCGAAGUUCAUCUCCUUUGUCAACGUGUGCCUUACGAAGGAUGAAUCCAAGAGGCCAAAGUACAGAGAGCUGCUGAGAGACCCGUUCAUUCAGAUGUACGAGGAGCGCUCUGUGGACGUGGCCGGAUACGUCUGCAGGAUCCUGGACCAGAUGCCGGCGUCUCCCAGCUCCCCCACAUACAUGGAGUGAAAGCCGGACAGGAAACGAUCCGGCAGAAACAAACGCAGCAACAAAUCUUUGUGUAAAAUUGCUUGGUCCCCUUAUUGCAGUGUUAAGAGAAAAAAAGCACCACUACGGUUCAGUCUGUAUAUAUUCCCGCACUUCUGUUUCUCUAUUGUUCUCUCACACACACACACACACACACACGUUAGGAGCUGGAUCAGUUAGCUGUUGGUAUCAGUGACUUCCAGGAAAAAUUUAUGUGGAAAUUGUAUUUAUGGAACCAAAAUGAUGUGGAAUGGAAUCAUCCUGGCCGUUCCCUGCUCCCUGCCCCGCCUGUGAGACGCGUUCAGGCCGCGAUGCGUUCAGGCGCCGUGCUGAUGAAUGAAUAAAGACAGCAGAAAGGAAACGA